UGAACACAAAAUAAUUAGUAUAACUGAUUUUUAUUUAACAUCGUACCACGUUCUCUGUUGUCUAUUAUACAAAAUAAAUUCUAAUCUCUCCAAUAACUAUGAUAUUCGAAGUUUAACGAUUUUAUUCGUCAAGCAAAAAACAAACAAAUAAACAAACAAACAAAGUACAAAUGCGUGACAAUUGAAGUCUUUUUAAAUCGUUUUUUUUUUUGUAGUAGACCGUGAAAUUUAUGUUAUUAACUUUAGAUUUUAAAAUAAUUAAGAAUUAUUUGGUAAUGUUAUAUGUAUCAUUGCAUAUCCUGAGUAGUUAUUCAGUAAUGUUUAACACUACAAAUAAGUUUGUAAAAAAUAGAGUAUAUUACUUUGAAGUGCUUUAAUCUACUUAUAAAAUGGCUUCUACUUCUAAGAAGCAAGCUGUGAUCAGCAUAAAAAAAAAGAGUCCUCCAAAACUGGAAUUGACAUCAGAACAAAAAAAUGAUAUUAAAGAAGCAUUUGAUUUGUUUGAUCCAGAUGGUACCGGAAGGAUUGCUACCAAAGAACUUAAAGUGGCUAUCAGAGCUCUCGGGUUUGAACCCAGAAAAGAAGAAAUGAAGAAACUUAUAGCUGAUAUCGAUCCAGACGGUCUUGGUACAUUAUCGUUUGAAGAAUUUUUGAACUUGAUGUCUAUAAAAAUGUUAGAGAAGGAUACAAAGGAAGAAGUUUUAAAAGCAUUUCGUCUUUUUGAUGAUGACAAUACAGGAAAAAUAACUUUUAAAAAUUUAAAAAGAGUUGCUAGAGAAUUAGGUGAAAAUCUUACAGACGAAGAAUUGCAAGAAAUGAUCGACGAAGCAGACAGAGAUGGCGACGGAGAAAUUUCUCAAGAAGAAUUUUUGCGUAUAAUGAAAAAAACAAGUCUUUAUUAAUACUUUGUAGCUUUCUCUUAAGUUAAUUUUAAGGAAUUAAUGUCCUUGUACGAAAGUACUACAAAUAUCGAUUAUUUAAACUUCAAAGACUUUCACACAUUAAUCGUAACAUAAUUUCG